AUGGUUAAGGGGAGUAUUCCUCCUCACAAAUUGGAAAAGUUACAAGAAGAUGAAUGCUGGUGUAUCAUGAAAAAGAGAGCAUUUUCUCCCGGUAGAGCAGUAAAGACUCCAACCAUGACAAGCAUUGGAAAAGGAAUAGCAAAAAAAUGUAGUGGCGUACCGCUUGCAGCAAAAAUCUUGGGAGGUCUCAUGCGCUUGAAAAAUAAAGAAGGCGAUUGGUUGUCAAUUCGAGAACUUGAUGUUUUGAAUACAAGAGAAGGUCAAAGCGAAAUCAUACCCAUACUAAAGUUGAGCUAUGACAACUUGUCGUCUGAGUUGAAACAAUGUUUCUCCUACUGCUCUAUAUUUCCCAAAGGUUGGGAGAUAAAUAGAGUAACACUGAUUCAGCUGUGGGUAGCAGAAGGAUUUCUCGACACUUGUAAUGUGGGAAGCAGAAGAUCAAUUGAAGACAUCGCGGAUGAAUACUUUGAGAGUUUGGUAUCGAGUUCAUUUCUGGAUGGUGCGGAAUGGAGCUUAUUGGGUGACAUAAAGACGUGCAAGAUGCAUGAUCUCGUCCAUGAUCUUGCAAAAGCUGUUGCCGGCGUUGAGGAAUUGGCGUCUCUGAAGGUGAGUGAGUUGAAUAAUACUUCUCAAAUACGUCGGUUACAGUUAAUAUUGGAUGUGGAUUUAUCAUCAACAGAAUAUCUGAAAAGCUUCAGUAACGCGAAGAAGUUGCGGACACUUUUUCUCCCUGAAGGUUCAAACCUGUUUGAUCCUUCUAUUUUCUCAGAAAAUAAGCACUUACGCAUAUUACAUGUGGGUGGUUCACCAAAUUAUUCUUUUCCAAAGUUUCCUUCUUUAAGUUUCAAGCUGAGACAUAUAAGGUACCUUCACCUUACCUCCAUUGAUCUUAGAGAAGUAGAGAAUGAUCAGUCCAUCAAUAAACUUUGUAGUUUGGAGACAUUGGUAUUGAAUAACAUAGCUGGUGUUCAAAAUCUUCUUUCAAGUAUUCAUUCAUUAAAAAAAUUAAGAUACCUUGAAGUCUCAAGGACGGAUAUGGUAGAACUACCUGAUUCCGUCACCAGCCUUUGUAAUUUGCAGACGUUGGAUCUCAACAAUUGCGAACUAAAAGUCAUUCCUGACUCUAUUUCUGGUCUGAAAUUUCUUAGAUUUUUAAAUCUGUCAGUCAACCCUAUUGAAGAAUUACAUGUUUCUGUCACCACCCUCUCCAAUCUGGAAACACUAGAUGUCAAUACCUGUAAAAAUUUAAAAGCCUUACCAGAGUAUGUGGCAGGUCUUUCUAAAUUGAGAUUAUUUGAUUUCAAAAAUUGUCCAUUGCUUAAAGAAUUACCAAAUGAUUUUGGAGCUUUGACUCAUUUAAGAUCUCUUGACCUAGAUGGUAUUGAGAUCAAAGUACUACCAGAGUCUUGUGCUAACCUCAACAACCUUGAGUUUGUGAACCAUAACUUGUGUGAGGUUCCCAAAGAUGUAAAGAAUUGGGCAAAAUUGAAAACUUUUGUUUAUGUACGGGGAAAUCCAAUACUUGGUUUAGGGAAACUAAUUUUCCUUGAAGAGUUGGUUUACCGGGUACCAGAAAAACUAAACACAGAAGCCGAAGGUAACGAAGGUCUUGAAGAGUUGGGGAAUCUAAACUUUCUUGAGGUGCUGGUUAUCAUGAAUCUUCAGAAUGUGAAAGACCCGGUAGAUGCUGAGAGGGCGAAUCUGAAAGGAAAACAUAAUCUUGCGUACAUUGAAUCUGCAUUGGGAAGAAGUGGAUAUGUAUAA